CUGGUAGUUCGCCUGCUUCUUCACCGCGGCUCCUCGCCCCACAUGCGUUUUUUUCGGCUCACGUUCAAGUGCUUCGUUGACGGCUUCUGAAUCAUCCGCGUCGGCGGCGCCCUUGCCAAAGAGCGACUCCGUCCGCGGUCAAUUCGCAGGAAAGGACGCGACGACGAUAGUCGUCGGGUGGACGAGGAGGAAGGAGGGAGGGAGGACACGAAACAUCCCCGAGACUCGGACGUCAGACACACAACAGACGCAGAAGGGACGGACGGCUGCUGUCUGUUCCCUGACGGACGCUGCGUCGGCGCUUGAGCGCUGAAGUCGCAGCGCGAAUUGUGACCGAUCGGACGAUGCGAAAAUUAACCCUUUGGGCGGAGAACCCUUACGCCGAGAAGGACGGUGACGGUGGAGUUGGUGGUGAUGAAGCCACGGAUGUAUGCGUGGUGCCUCUGCCGACACCGCCGCAGAAGCUGCCCGCGGUGGAGGGCGAAGCAAGCAGUAGCAGCAGCGGUGGUGGUGGAGAAUCAGGGGGGGGCAGGGCAGUGUCACCCGAGAGAGACACCUGGACACGGCAGCUGGACUUCACGAUGUCAUGCAUCGGGUUCGCAGUGGGCCUGGGAAAUGUGUGGCGAUUCCCGUACCUGUGCUACAAGAACGGAGGAGGUGUCUUUCUCAUUCCAUACUUCCUCAUCGCUGUCACGUGCGGAAUUCCCAUCUUUUUUAUGGAGAUCGCCCUGGGGCAGUUCAUGAAACAAGGCAGCAUUGGCAUUUGGAAGAUCGCGCCCCUGUUCCAAGGCCUCGGAGUCUCCUCGAUGGUGAUGCUCUUCUUCAGCAACAUCUACUACAUUAUGGUGCUCACCUGGGCAAUGUACUACCUGCUCCACUGCUUCAGGGCCACCGUGCCCUGGUCCACCUGCAACAACGAGUGGAACACCCCGGCAUGCGCCGUUCACUUUCAGCACCAGCGCUGCUACAACUACUCGGACGACGCCAACGAGACCUCGCCUGCCCUGGCCACCACCGCCAGGAUUUUCAUCAACGGCACGAACGGGACGGGCGGCUGCUGGGGAGCCGUGGAGACCACGUCUCCCAUCGUGGAGUUCUGGGAGAAAAAAGUCCUGAGAAUUUCUGAGGGGCUCCACCAGCCGGGCUCGAUCAACGUUCACCUCCUCUUGUGCCUCCUGGCUGUGUGGAUCAUCAUAUACUUCUGCGUCUGGAAAGGGGUAAAGUCAACGGGCAAGGUGGUGUACUUCACCGCGACGUUCCCCUACGUCGUCAUGAUCAUCCUCUUUGUUCGUGGCAUCACUCUCCCCGGCGCCUAUGAAGGGAUCAUCUUCUACCUGAAGCCCGACUGGCAGAAGCUCUUAGAGCCGCAGGUGUGGAUCGACGCGGGGACUCAGAUCUUCUUCUCCUACGCCGUUGGGUUGGGAGCCCUGGCAGCCCUGGGCAGCUACAACCGCUUCCACAACGACUGCUGCAAAGACGUGUACAUCCUGGCGGUGGUGAACAGCGGCACGAGUUUUUUCGCCGGCUUCGUCGUCUUCUCCAUCCUGGGCUUCAUGGCGGCCGAGCAAGGGGUCGACAUAUCCAAGGUGGCGGAAUCAGGUCCUGGGCUGGCUUUCAUUGCAUACCCCAAGGCCGUGUCCCUGAUGCCUGUCGCUCCAGUGUGGGCUGCCCUGUUUUUCUUCAUGUUACUCUUGCUUGGACUUGACAGUCAGUUUGUAGGAGUGGAGGGCUUCGUGACGGGAAUUUCGGACCUGUUCCCAGCCCGGCUGAGUAAUGGCUACUGCCGUGAGAUCUUUGUGGCCAUCUACAGCAUGAUCUCCUCCCUUUUCGCCUUUUCCAUGAUCACCGACGGAGGGAUGUACGUGUUUCAGCUGUUCGACUACUACUCGGCGAGUGGGAUGACCCUGCUGUGGCAGGUUGGCUGGGAGUGCAUUGUGGUGGCAUGGGUCUACGGCAGUGACCGCUUCAUGAAUGACAUCGCCCGAAUGAUCGGGUACCACCCGGUGCCUUGGAUGAAGUGGUGUUGGUGUUAUUUGACGCCCUGCAUCUGCGUGGGUAUCUUCCUCUUCAACCUGCUGAACUACAAGCGGCUGACGUACAACAAGACGUACGUGUACCCGUGGUGGGGCGACGCGCUCGGCUGGGCCAUGGCGCUCACGUCGAUGCUCUGCAUCCCCGCGGUCGCGCUCUGCCGACUGGCGUAUGCCAAGGGCUCACUGCGGGAGCGAUGGAACCACCUGACCACUCCGGUGUGGAGCGCGCACCACCUGUCCCCGGACGGGGCGACCACGCGGGCCGUGUCACUGGAAGGCGAGCUGGCCAUGCUCCCCAACCUCCCCGCUGCCAAGGGAAUCAAGCUGGAGACCAUCCUGUGAUCGAAAGGGGCGCCAGGGCCACACGGGGACUGCCGACUCCAGCCGAGUGAUCGUCAGAGCCGGCGCUGGUAGCCGUCGUGACUCAUCGCCACCUUCCCCGCCACCCCCUGACUGCGGUGCCGGCCAUCGCAAGCUGGAGACCAUCGUGUGAUCGAAGGGGCACCGGAGUCACGCGGGAACCACCGACUGCAGCUGAGUGAUCGCCAUGGCCGGUGCCGGUAGCCGUUGUGGCUCUCGGGGCAAGGCGCCAUGCUCGCCACCUACCGCACCCACCCCGCUUGCUGCGGUGCCGGCACCGCCAGACCAAAAGUUUGAGCCACCAAUCGACCACUGCUUGCAACGUUUUUUUCCGACAGCAAGAGAUGCACCACGUUCGGCAGGGGGAACCGACCCCCCCCCCCACCCUCCGCUCCCUUGCCACGGUGCUGGCGAUCGCCUACCGCCGCAGGAAGCUGCUGUCGAACGGUGCCAAAUCAAAUCGUAAAGACGCCUUUAUUUUGGUGAAAAACGUUUCCCGAAUUCGUUUGUAGGUUGCUCAUUUUUUUUUCGUCUCGAAUUUCUCACCUGUGGAGAUAUAUUAGGGAUGAGUUUCGGAUUUCAACAUUUCAUAUUUUUGUUCUAAUGACAGUAUCGGAUCUCUUUACGAUUUAAAUGAUUGCAUUACGGAAAAGUUUAACGUGUUUUUGUGCUGACAAAAGUGAUGUCACACAAUGGCCAUGUGACACCGCUUUUGGUGGGACAAGCGCAGACAUGAUGUCAUGCUUUUGGAUCAGUUCAGUACUAAAUAUUUUUUUCCAAUCACCAGACAUUUGGUAUCUAGACCCGAUUUAAUUGAAAAAUUGGGAUCCUACCCCGAAUUAAUAGCAAAAUAGAAAAUCUAAAACUGUCCAAAAGGGUUGCUGCAAUCUAAUUUUUCACGAUGCAAUAUUACGUUUCACAAUUAAUUGCAUUUCAAAUAGGUACAUCAUUUUGUGUACUUAGCAUACGAGCAAAGGUGACUUUCAAAGUCUUUAAACUGCAGUUCACUCAACUAAAUACUGCCACGAGGCUUACUAAUAAUCGAUGUCGGUUACACAAAAGUAAUUAAGUGAACAACGAAUAGGAUUACAUUGUAUGAUUACCAUGCUGUCAAUUACUCCCACAAAACAUUGUGCAAAGCGAUAACUGCAUGGAUCGUAGCUAUUUAUUGAUAACUGCAAGUGAGUUUUGUAAUUUAGGAAACAUGGUGUCAAGGAAAAUAACAUCUUGAAAAAAACACAUAUGAGAAAAACAAUCAUCAUCCAAUCUGACGAUUUUUUGUUGUUGCAAAUCUGAACGAUACAACGAUCGUGGAUCAUAGAUCGUACGAUGCAUCAUAGUCGUAUCUCCAUAUCGUGGCAAACUCUAUCUAGCUGCCACGCUGAGCCGUUGUGGGACAGUGCCAAACCGAUUGUAAAGAUAACCUGUUUUGUGUAAUGUGUUAAGCACGGCUUGCUCACGAAGCUAUUACAUUUGUCUUGUCCUGAAAUGCUAGAAGAUAAAGGUGCAGCCCUGCAAUUGCCUUGCUCACGCCGCUUGCUGGCGGAAGGGACCCUUCACUUGAGGGAGCUCGAGACAAAGCCCCUCCAGACUCGAGAUCAGUGUUCUUCACACAUUUUCAGGGGGGGGGGGGGGUCACUUUCGCCGAUAAGACAUCAGUGUGAGGCCGCCACACAUUUGAAACCAUUGGGAGUUUGACAGCAGCACGAUGAUGAUGGGGUGGUGUUUUCACUCUUUGUGAAUUGUCGGGGUGCCGCACGUCAAGGGCUGCCCUAAAGGCCACCAGAGGCUGCCAGUAGCUCGCACGCCUUGCAUUGCAAAACGCUGCUCUGAAUGUAUUUUGUUCGACUCUUUCCACAUCGGCCAGACGUAUUGAAUGAGGUGGGAGGACCCACACUUUUACCCCACCACAUGCAUGGCGGUCGCUCGGAAGACAAUUAUGUGGUGCACCCCCAACUUUUACUUAAUAAUACGCGGGGGAAAAGUGCGUCUCAUGAUCCGGAGAAUUCACUAACGGAUUGGGUCUCCAAUUGUGUUUAUGACUGGGCCUCAAUCCAGUGUGAGAAAGAUGAGAAUGCAUUUGUUUAAAUACACAUCAAAUUUGCAGAGAUCGUAGCUGCGAACAUGAUAAUUAGGCCCUAAAUGUAUAACAUACCACACAGUCCAGACAAGCGUCCUUGUGUAAAUAACAAUAAUUAUAAUAACGACUCAUUUACCCAGGAAAGCCACACUUAAGUCUGAAAAAUAGUUUUUCAGGAGAGUCCUGUUACAUUGAUUGGCUGUUUGGCCAACAGUAAUUACUGUACAUGUUGGGUCCAGAUGUCUUGUGACCCCCCCCCCCCCCCCACCAUUUAAUUAUUAAAAUUUUUUUUUUUAAAGGAAGGUUUUAUUUAAAACAGAAAUGAAUAUGCAAAGGAACAAAAAUGUUUAGGGGACAAUUAAUUGGCUUGUACUUUGUACGUUAUAAAGCUAUGGAGAUCACAGGGAGGAAACCUUCCUUCUUACUGUGAGGUGCCUGAUAUCCUCGAUAUGUGUACUAUAUAGGUAAAGGUGCAGCACUGUAACUUAUUGUUCAAUGGCACUGCUGGCAGAUGAGCCUCAACUAAAGGCACAACUUCUAGAGUUCCACUUUGAGAUGGCAUUUGGCCUACACUUCCAUACUGGCUAUACGUCUCCUCAAAAGAGGAUAAUAUUAUACAACAUAGCUUUAACUAGACAUGCCACUGUGGGUGAAAACACAACAACGUAAUGUAUACAUUGAUACGAGGGCUUACUCUUCACUGAAAAAUAAUGCAAACAUUUGCUCUGCGCACACUUUAAAUAUGCUGUAUAAAACUCUGAAGCUGCUCAUUGUGUUAAUAUAUGUAUUAUAUGCAAACUGUGUGCAGAAAAGGUAUACUUUUGCAGUGUUAGGAGGCUGUGUAAUUAUGAAUUAAAAACGAAUGCAGUGUUUGCAAAUGCGCAAAGUAAUUCUAGUCUCGCUUAUUUUUAAAAUAACUGUGCAACCAAUAUUUAGUGGAAAUGUGUUCAUAGGUUCCACUGACACUGAGACCUCCUUUACCAGUGGCAAAAUAUAGUAAUAGGUUUUUACCCUUUCAACUGGUACAAAACUGACACCUUUUGGCGUCAUCUGGUCCAACACCAAUGGAGACUAGGCUCUAAGAAAAGCUGUCUCGGGUGUGGACCAAUCAACUUCAAGGACAGUGCAUAUCAUUAUCAUCAUCAGAGUUGUUUCUUUUUGUUUGCAUUUUGACUGCUUGUGUUGUGGUUAUUGCAAACAUGACCCCUUGUAUAAAGGUGUCAGUUUUGUACCAGUUGAAAGGGUAAAAACCUAUUACUAUAGGUUCCACUAACUUAUCACUGGGUUUCCAGUUAGAAGUAACAGGAUUUACCCCACUGGCAUGAAAUUAACGACUUAUCCUUGUUUCCCUUUGCGAUAUCCCAAAUGCAUUUACCUCUCUUUAAAUGAUAAGAAUAAUACCCAGCCCAUCAACCCUCUGGAGUGGAUUAAAUCAGUACAACCUUGUGGGGUGGUCAAAGAGUGGUUGCCCUCUAUAUAUAGAGCAUCCCCUGCCAUAUAAAUGUUUAAUUUCCACCACUGGCACUGAGUGGAUUAUAUUUUGUUAAAUGAGGUUCUGUAUAUAUCUUUUUUUAAUUUGUUCCGUAGAUUCUAGACCCAUCUAACUCAAACGAACAGUGCCUAUCGAAGCAAAGGAACUGCAGCACAGUGUCGCAUAUCUGACCGUCGCAUAUCCCGCACCUCCGAUUAGCACGGUUGGCUACGUACGGUGCGAAAGAAGUUCAACAUACGUACGUACAUCAGGCCCAACCAAUUAACUGCCGCCACCCUUGUGGUAGUCGUGCACUGUGUAACUGUCAUUUUCUAAAGACGUUCACAAGUCCGGCCAUUUCACAGAUGCGAUAAACGGGUUGUUGACCUAACGUUCCUUCACUUUACUUCUAGAGCAGUGGUUCUCAAAGCGCGGUCACAGGUAACCACCGGUGGUCCGCGGAGGGCCUCCAGAGGGUCUGCAGGACUGUGAUGCAAAUGCAGCUUGAUCCAGACAAAAAUGAGAACGACUAUUAUACCUUUCGUUCCAGACAUUGAUUUCUAUUUUACUCGUGAUAUUUAAUGAAAACAAUUAAACUUGGUAAUCUACCCUGAUUAAACUAACCUAACCCUAAAAUCUCAAUGCCAUCAUAUAUAAAAAAAAAUCUGAUAUCUGCGUUAAAAAAAAGUUUUUUAUGUUCCGGUAAUAUGAAUCAUUUUGUAUUGUUGGUAUUUAGAGAGAGAAGUGAAUGCGUUCUCACGAGGGGUGGUGGGGCUGGUUGGUCCGUGGAAAUUUUUGCAUCGGCUGAUUGGUCCACAGCCCAACAAAGUUUGUGAAACACCACUGUAAAGCACAGUCAAUGAUUCUCCCAACUUUAAAGCAGCUUCCGCUACACAUUUUCGUCCAGUAACUCAACGUAGCUGCCAUUUCCCGCCCCGACUGGACAUCUGUGAAAAUGAAAAUCCCGAUUCAGAUUUUCUCCAGACGUCAAUGUAUUCGACCUCAGUUUAACACGUCGGCUUUCGCGACCAGUAUUAUUUACAUAUCCACCAGGAAACCUCAGCCCCCCAACGAGCCAGAUAUGCGAUGUUGUGCUGUAUUUGGAAACCCAGUGUCUUAUAUAACAUAUCCACAUUCCACGAGCAUCCUACGGGAGAGAGCUUACUAGUGCUGUACGGCAGUGUUUAUUUUCAUGUUGUAUAGUGGCCUGCACUAUAUUUUAAUAAUACAGUGGCUUGUGUGACGUAGCCGUAAACAAUGCACGUGAAAAUAUUCACUUUUACAAGAGAUUUUAAUUAUUUUUUUAAAUAUUAUAUCGGAAAUCUAGAUUGCUUUUGGUCAAGGUACAGACCUGCAAUUGCUUGCUCAUGCUACUGCGGGCGUAAGGCCUCCCACCAAAGGGAGCCCUAGGGAGUCCCUUUGGCCUACUCUUCCACGCUGGCAAUCCGUCUGUAAAAUAGGGAUAUACAAUAAUGCAUAGCAAGUUGACAUAAUUAAUGUUAUUUAAGAGGAAUAUUUCUCUACGCUGUGACAAUGAAUGGUCAGUAAUGGUCGUGAACUUUUUUUUAUUCCGAUAAAAAAUAAUCGUUGAGAUUAAUUACAAUUUGGUGUUUUGUUUUUCCUUUUUUAAUUUCGUUUAUAUAAAGUUCCAAAAUGUUAAGUCAUUUGCACGUGGUGCUUCAAAGUAACACCACUCUUGGCAGUCAUCCUCUUAUCUGCAAACCCCUCCCAGUAAGUCGAAUGUAUUUUGUUUAACCGGGUGAGAACUCAAGAGACCAGGAUAGUCUCAUUUGCAAGAGUGGCCUGGAAUAUGACAUUAAAUUCCAUUAUAAUGCAUUUAAGCAUACAGCAUAUAACAAAAUAAUCAUUUUUCGAUUUAAAGCUUUCGUGACAUCUGAGAUGGGAGGGUAAAGCUGCGGUAGCUUCUGCAAUGCGCCGGUCAGCGCAGUAGUAACUGCAUGGGGUUGACACUGUGAAACAGGAAUGUGUGCAUGUGUGAGGUUCUAAUGCACAGGCUUCCGUGGUUAUGCUGUAAAAAUGUCUUCAAAUAAAAAAUCUAACUUUACUUAUAUAGCAGAAUUUGUGCAAAGAAUGCGAUACAAAGGGCUUUACAGGACAAAAUAAAAGCGACUUACACAAUGUAAACAACAAUAAGAAUGAUACAUAAAAAAAUUACGUAACAAUAAACUAAAAGUAUAAUAAAAAGCAUCAUAAACAAAAAGCAUCCUAAUGAAAAGCCAUUUAAAAAAGGGACGUCUUAAGAUUUCGUUUAAAUUACAUUCACUGAUUCUGAUGCCCUCAGAUCCUCAGGCCGGCUCUUCCAAAGGCGAGGACAAUCGAAGCUGCAGGCUGCCUCCCCAUAUGUUUUGGUCCGGGUCUUCGGCACAACCAAGGGCUUCCACGUGUCAGGCAGCAGCUCACCACCCCGCCCACACACGGAGCGAAAAGGUCGCACAAUUGAAGCCGAACACGACGCGGUACAACCCCCUAGAACGCGUCGGAGAGCGAUACCGUGCGUGGGAGCGAUAUUGUCCUGCGAACGGUUUGAGGCACGUUACGUAGAGUACACCUUGGUAUUAAAAGCACUUUAUCUGAAAGGAACGUUCCUUUCUCGUUCGCAGAGCCAUAUUUACGAUGGUUAUGUCGUUAGUGGCAAGCAGCUAAUGCUGCCGGGAUGAGCACACACACAAAGUGUUUAAGGAAAAAAUCUAAAAGAAUGGUCUGAUGAAAUAUGCAAAGCUUAUUAUACUAAAGUUGAAUUAUAAUUACUUUAUUUCAUAACAUAAUCACACUUUACAGUGAGUACGAAAGCUGUUGGGCCAUAGCACCUAAAGUGGCUACAUAUUGGCAAUACCAAUUUCUUUCUAUGCCCGAUAUGAAAGUGAAUUGCAGCAGUGUCAUCUGUGGUUAACGACUAUUUAAAAAAAUAACAGCUAUGUUUAAUGACCUCCAGUGGUAUCAAUAUCUAGUCCGAGCCCAUUUUCUGUAACAAAAUUGGCCAAACCUGCAGACUCUUACAAGCCGUAUGACAAAGCGUUCAUAUGGCCACGUCGGGGAGUUUGUGGGGCCCGGUUCGCUCGCUCUGCUUCGCUGCGGACUUUUAAAUUGAAGAAAAAUAAACCAAUCUUCUUCGGGAGCGUCCUGGGAGUAGUCGUGUGUGGUUCCACUGCCAGCAGCGGUGAGUGCCCAGAGGGCUGCUGCCACUUCCGCAGGAUCUUUUCCGAUUCAGAUGCAGUCGAAUCGAAAAACACUCGAGAUUAACCGCUUCGUUCGUCAUCUGCUGCCCGGGAACUACAGGUGGCUCACAAAGUCGUGGUUAGGCCGCCCCUUGGUUAUACGUCCACUAUAAUAACGGUCGUGAUUGUGUCCACAUUUGAUUUACGGGAUUUAUUCUUUGUGUCUACCGUGAUGCCCCCAGCAUCGAUGUAACGUACGGCAAAUGAGCGUGUGCCAUCAUUAUUACUGACACCAAAAUGCUCUUCUGUGAACUUGAUUUGGAGCUUUCGUGACUGCAGGAAUUACUCUUUGGUUAUUUCGGUAAAGUCACGUAGAAAGAAAAAAUAAAUUAAAUAAUAGCAUACGACGUUUCGAUUGCAACACAAGCAAUCGUCAUCAGGUACAAAUGAAAGAGAAAACAAAGCUAGUAAAUUUCGAUUGAUGAUUGCUUGUUUCGCAAACGAAACGUCGUGAGAAUUUUAUUGUUCUAUUUUUAUUAUUUUAUUAUUUCCCUUCUACGUAACUUUACCGAAAGAACCAAAAAUAUGAAAGCUCGUAAACUUAGAAAUAUAAUGACAUACAACACAGAGAGUCGGCUAACAUAACAGUCAACACCCCACCUAGUUCUUUGGA